CUUCUGCAUUUUCUGGCCUCAGGGGCACUCCAGAGGCAGCCCUGGGUGGCAUACAGCACCAAAAAGGAGAGGCCUGUUGGGCGGUACCCUGUACCCAACAAGAAGGACAUGCCGUAUGACAUCGUGGAACUCAUGGAGGAAGUAGAAAUGAAGACUGGAUUUCUGCCCAAUGUGUUCAAAGCCAUGUCUCAUCGACCUGCUGAAUUCAGAGCUUUUUUUGCAUAUUACAAUGCCAUUAUGAACAAAGACACAGGGCGACUCACCAAGGCAGACAAAGAGCUAAUAAUUGUGGCUACAAGCAUUGUGAACAGAUGUCCCUACUGCGUGAUUGCACAUGGAGCACUUCAUCGGAUCUAUUCCAAGCAGCCAACACUGGCUGACCAGGUCAUUGUGAACUGGAAACUGGCUGACCUGAGUGAUCGGGACCUGGCAAUGCUGGAGUUUGCUCUUGCAAUCUGUCAAGCUGAUAACAUCACUGAAGAGCAUUUCCAGAAGCUGGAGAAGCAUGGCUUUGACCGUGAAGAUGCCUGGGACAUAGGCAUGAUUUCUGCAUUUUUUGCCAUGUCUAAUCGCAUAGCUCAUUUUAUUGACCUGCGUCCAAACAAGGAAUUCUACAUGAUGGGCAGGUUACCCCACAGCGAGAAGGAGGAAGCUGAGCGUGCCUGA